AUGUAUGAACAAUAUUACUUUGCAAUUAUACUUAUUAUAUUAAUCAUAGAUUUAUCAAAUAUCAAAUAAUUUUUUAAUAUCAUCAUUAUUUUUUAUCAAAAGCAUUAAAAAAGUGCUAUUAUCAUUUCUUAAUUAAUUAGUUUUAUUUAUACGAUGAGUGUAAAAAAGGGAGUUGAUUUAAGAAGAGAUCUUCUUAAAUAGAAUGAUAUGAAAAAUUUUAGCGAGUAAAAGUUGGCUGAAAAUGAUGUUAAUAUUUCUUUUUCAGCUGAUAUUAAGGCAACAACUUUUUAAGUUGAUGAAAAUUAUUCUAAAUAAAUUGAAAACGAACUUGAUGGUAGCAAAAAUAUAUUUUUUCAGCUUGAUGGAAACUAAAAUUUUAACGAAUAGCCUUCAAGUAGGUCUUUUGCUGUAAAAAAAUAAAUUAUGUUCAAGAGCAGUUCAGUUAGGAUAGAUGAAUUAGGAGGAGAAAAGCUUGAUUCAGACUCUAUUGCUUAGAACAAAUAAAAUAAUACAAUAGUAAGUCUUAAGGAUGGAACUUCUACUUCUAUUAAAAAUAAAAACAUACCUUCAAAAGAGAAUAUUUAAAGCUAAUAGAUUAGGUUAAGUAAUUUAGCAAAUACAAUAAAUGAAUUUAAGAAAAAGAAGCGAAUGUUUCAAAGCAAAUCAUUUUUAGACAAGCCUUCUGAAAUAGAGUAAGAAAAUGAAAAACUUGAACAAAGCCAAAAUCAAUAAGAAAAGCAAAGGCCUCUUAAUUUUUUAUUCUUUAAAUAGACAAACAUAAUCAAACGAUUUAUUUCAAAUUUGCAAUCCAAAGCAAGGUCAUUUAUUUUCAAAAGAUUGUCCUAGCACCAAUUUAAUUUAAUAGGUGAUAAGAGCUCUGACUACAUCUCCUACCAAGAGAUGAAUCUCAUCAUCAAGCAUGUAAUAAUUGAAUCUAUCAAUCAGCAUUUUGCAAAAUUAUUAUUAUUUAAACUUAAAAAUGCAAAUAAAAACAUCCUUAUUUUUGACAAAAACAGGAAUAAAAGUAGAUGA